CAUCUCUUGUGGGUGUGUGAGACGUGCUCGCUAAGCAACGACCUGCAAACGGCAUCCGAGUCCGAGCAAAAACAGGAACCACAGUGUUUUCGUGUAUCUUGCGAUGUUCCCAAAGCUAUUUUGCCAGCGUCUGCAUUGAUUUCACAACAGUUGGUGCCUCUCCAGACGCCAGCCACAGAAACCACACAAGAAAUUGAUGCAUCUUGCUCUCCGUUCCUGUUUGUUUUGACCUGUGUAGCUACAGAGGAAUCCUGCAAGAGGAUUAGCGGUCCGUCAAUGAGGAACUACCGGCUCAUCUUCUGCCACAACCUGAAGCAGCCAUAGAUGGUUCACUGGUUCACUGGCCAGGGGAGGAGAGGAUAACACACACUUUCACUGCUACACGACGUGAGGUCUCGGUGGGGCUGUGGUGAGGAGGAGGAGGAGGCCAUGAGGAAGAGCGUGUCUCUGUUGCCAGGCAACGAGGGCGGGAGCUCAGCCACCACCACACGGGUGUUUGGUGUUCCGUUGGAGGAGGUGACACAUACUCACACACUCAGCGGCCAUGAGGUCCCUGCGCUGGUCAAACACAUCGUCGACUACAUCGAGGAGCAUGGUCAUCUGGACCUGGAGGGGCUCUUCCUGGUCAACGGCAACGCAGAGCGUGUGGAUUGGCUGCGUCAGCGCUACGACAGCGGCGAGGAGGUGGAGCUAGAGAAGGAAGCAGACCUGGCCUCAGCUGUCAGUUUGCUCCGCCUCUUCCUGCAGGAGCUUCCUGAACCCGUCAUUCCCACGGCAAUACAGGGACACAUACUACAGCUACACCAAGAUUACAGUAAUGAAGAGGAGCUGUGUCGGAACAUGAAGUACCUGCUGCAACAGCUCCCCCAGCUGAACUAUGGCCUGUUGCGAUUCCUGUGCCGCUUCCUGGCCAGCGUGGCAUCGCUGCAGCAGGAGAGCUGGAACGUCGCGGCGCUGGCCGCCGUUUUUGGACCAGACAUCUUCCAUCUGUCAACAGAAGGAGAGGAUCUUAGAGACCAGGACUCAGUUAGCAGGGUCCUGACAGAACUGUUGGACAACCAGGAGGGCCUGUUUGACUCGGAGGACGACGAUGUCUCCACUACCAACGACUACAGCUCCAUCAAUGAGCAGAUCACAGAGCUUUUGGAUGAUGAGAAGUGUGAAGCAGAGUGUGAAGAGCUGCCUCAGGACGGGGAGGAGGGCCCUGCCUCUUCCGACUCACCACAACACACACACAACAACGACAGCCCUGCAACUAGCUCCCACCUCUCCCCUAUAUCCAUCCUGCCCACUGAUUCUGCUGACAUAAUACAGCGGACCAUUAGGGCUGCGGUGGAGCAACGCUUCUUUGAACUGAAGACCUCCAUUGACCAAGACCUCAGCAACUAUGACAGCCAGGGGGUGGGUUCCAGUGAUCCUGCAGCCCAGAGUUGCCAUGGAGAUGAGAAACAACAGACGGAUUCUGAGGACAGUCCUUGCUCCACGGAUGGGGAAACCCCACUCACACAGACUGCGCAGCGCACACAGUGCAGCGAGACAGACACACAGGAUGCGAUAGAGACUGGCACUGCCCAGGAAGAGAGCUUGGGAAUGGACCUGGACACAGAGGCCCUUAUAGAUGCUGAGAACAACAUCAACACUACCAGGCAGGACAGCCAACCCUGUGACAACAUGGAGCAGACUGAUACCAUAAGCUGUGACUCUGGGUCGAGACGGUGUGACCAGAAUGCCAAUACCAGUGAGACCAACAGGAACCACCUGUCUCCAUACCAACAGAGCACUGGCCACAGCCCCCACCUCCAUCUCUUCCCCGACAACCAGUGGGAAGCGUCACCCCCCUCCCAUCUCCACCUUCCCCCCAUAGACUUCUCAUGUAUGCAUCUGCAAAAGGAAGGACAAGACCCGGUCCCAGCCUACAAGUCCUGGCAAGAUGACAAUGAGAGUGGAGAGGCGCAGCUCUCCCCCCUGGCCGGUCGCAUGGUCCCCCUGCCCCCGCUGCCCCUGGAGGAGGAGGGGGAGGAGGAAGAGGGGGAGGGAGGGCCAGACGCCUCCCCCUCCUCCUCCCGCUCCCACAGCCACCUCCUGGCACGACGCUUCCUCGACUUCGGAGCGCACAGUGCCCAGCGCUUCCUCCAGCAGGACCCCGACGCCACCUCGCCCACCAAAGCACAGAGGCCCCGUCGAGCGUCAUUCGGCUCCAAAGAGGCGAUGCGAGGAGGAGACACGGUGUCCCACCAGCUCACCAAGAAGCUGCAACACCUCAAGAAGAAAAUAAAACAGUUUGAAGAACAGUUUGAGAAGGAGAGGAAUUACAAGCCCUCUCAUGGAGAUAAGGCAGCUAACCCCAAAGUCCUCAAAUGGAUGACUGACCUCACCAAGAUCCGCAGGCAAAUUAAAGGACGCCAGCACCAUCUUUUACCCAGAAGCACCCUGAGGCACCAGGCUUUGCUCCAUUCACACAGACGCCACCAUGCUCCCCCUUGCCCCUCCUCCUCCUCCUCCUCCUCCUCCUUCUCCUCUACCUGCUCACCCCCCCAUCACACACUCACCCCCCCUCACCACCCCCACUCAGGCCUGUGCUCUAGACAGUAUCACCUCAAUGCCAAACAUCGUGCAGAGAGCGAGCUGGGGCCUCAGACUCGUCCGAGGAGCAACACCCUGCCCAAGAGCUUCGGCUCCUCGCUGGACCACAGCACCCAUAAUGCAUCCGGGGACGUCAAGGAUCAGCAUCCCACCAGGGAGGAGACCCUGGAGUUGAUCCAGCGCAGGGUCAAAGGGAAGAGGCAAGAGGAUGGAUGGCCUGAAGACAUCAAGAAAAUGACAAAGGAGCAGCUGUCCUGUGAGAAGACGGUCCUUCAGAAGAACCUGCUGCACUACGAAGGCCUGCAUGGUCGACCUGUGACCAGAGAGGAGCGUCUGGUGGUGAAGCCUCUCUACGAUCGCUACAGACUGGUCAAGCAGAUGCUCACCAGAGUCAGCAUCACACCUAUUAUAGUGUCCCCUUCUAGCAAGAGGCGGAGCCAGACCCUCCAGCCAAUCAUCGAGGGCGAAACUGCCCACUUCUGCGACGAGAUCAAGGAAGAGGAAGAGGAUGAAGGGAAAGGAGCAGAGGAGGACCAAGAGGAGGAGAGGGAGGGGGAGGAUGAGGAUGAUGAGGAGGGAGAGAGCAGUGGCGGGGAGGUGCAGAGCUCCGAGGUCAUCAUGGCGCUCGACCCCUUGACCCCAGGCGACGGGCCAAUGAGGAGCCAGAACGACCCCGACAGCCAGACCGACAAGAGCCAGACGGGAGGCCCGAUGAAAGCCAAGCUGGAGGAGGGGUCAGGCAAGCUGGCACUGGACCUGCGGCUGUCCAGCUCCAACGCCUCAUCUAUGCCAGAGUUACUGGAGCAGCUGUGGAAGGCCAGAGCAGAGAAGAAGAAACUGAGGAAGACCAUCAGAGAGUUUGAGGAAGAUUUCUAUCAGCAUAAUGGCAGAAAUGUUCAGAAGGAGGACCGAGUGCCGAUGCUGGAGGAGUACAGGGAGUACAAAAGGAUCAAGGCCAAACUCCGCCUCCUGGAAGUCCUCAUCAGCAAGCAGGAUUCCUCCAAAUCCAUCUAGACCCGCCCUCCCUGGACACCCACGGCACAUCAGGUACCCUUAACAGCCGCAAGGACCCGCCCAUCCAGGAAGUCCUUCAGCCAGCCAGGCGUCAUCACAACUACGAGGGCCGGCCCACCUCGGAAAACCUCCAGCCAAUGAUUUUCCACAACCGUACGGGACAUGCCCACUGUGGACGUCCUCAGCCAUUUGACAUCCAUCAUUUCUGAGAGGACACGUCUACUCAUGAAGUCCUUUUGAACAUCAAGACACAUCAGGACACUCAUGUCACCUCCUCUUGUGAUGCUGCACUCAUGUCAUAUGGGGAAAAAAAAAAAAAACAACUCAGAUGUUUGAAAGCAUUUGCUUUAAGUGUUAAAAUUUGAACUUGAUAGAAGUGUUACGUCUUCACUCGUUCAAAUUAAUUUAAGCCAUCAACAUGCCAUAAUUGAAGUUUACUGUGUAGACGGUGGUGGCUGUUUGGCCUUUUCAUACUUUACACACAUUUACUGAGUGAUAUGUUUUACAAAUCCAUGUUUUACAGAGAACUGAACAUCACAAAUAUCAAAUCCAGUCAGUAGUCGUGUCUGGCUGUGGCCUUGUUGUGUGUGAGCACCACAUUACUUGAAAUUUGUUGUAGUAUUUGACAUAAAUACAUCAUUCCCCGCUCUUGAUACUAAGUAUUUCCUUAUUGGUGACAAGUUGGACAAAUUGGGUCCACUGCCAAAGUGAUUUAGUGUUUACCACCUUAAAGACGACAUGAAUGGAGGGGCACAUUUACCAUCCUUCCCAUAUGACAUGAAUGCAGCAUCACCCGUGGCCCCGCCCACUUUCCCCACCACUCCAUUCUGCCUGCGCGUCAUCUGACCCCCGGCCACAGCUAAUACAUAAAGCCACCAUGUUUAAAGAGGAACCACCGUCAUCAUCAUCAUCAUCAUAUUGUCAUUCCACCAACCACGCUCAAGACUUUGCUCUUGUUUUUUCAUGUCUCAUUUUUCCUCUCUCCGAGGAAAAAAAUAAUACGUUCUGACUUUUUUUCUAACAUUUUUUUUUUCUGCUAUUGUCAAUCUUAUUUAUGGAUGUUGCUCUAGUGUUGUUUUUCUUUUUUUUUUUUUUUUCCCUCACGCUGAGGAAUCUUAUCGGACAACUUGAGGACCUGCAUUUUACACGCUCUUCGCUCAAACACUUGUUCUUUUGUUUGGGACGUCGCGCUCCUUGACAAGUCCCGCCCUCCGCGUCCUUCCGGGAGACGAGGUUUGGUUGAACCGCUCCGCUCUGAGGCGACGGGUGAUUUUAAUCUCUCAGACUUUCCGAGUGUUUGUGGAUUCAGUUCACAGAACUCCAUCCAGCGCAUCCCGGAUGCUUCACCUUCUGACUGGUUUUAAGAUUAACUCACAAAGUCGAAAAAGAAAUGAGCAUUCACGUGUAUGUAUUCCUGUUCAGUUGAUAUAUACAUACAUGUUUGUUUUGUGAGACACUACUAUGUCCAUGUUUUCUUGAAUGGAAAAUAAUAACUUGUGUUUCAAGGGAAAAGAUAAAAAAAAAAAAAACCUGUUGAUAUUACUGUUAAUGUGAUAUUUACAGUUUGACCUUCACACUGUUCUGAAAGGAAACUGAUUGAAUGCAUCAGUUCAUGACUGGUUCUCAUUUUAUCAUUAUUUUUUUUCUAUUCUUGAGCCUUUUUUUUUUCUAUUUAAAGAUGUUUGUCAGUAAAUCCUAUCAUACAGUAGUAUUCCAUGCAUCUGUCACUCACAAAUUCUCUCUGCAGUAAGGCUGGACUCGGAUUCCCAUGAGCCUCUUGGCGCCGAGAGCCCCACUGGCUUUCUGGAAGAUCUUAAUGCUGCCUCGUGCUCCUCGUAAGCUCUGAUCCCUGAAUGUGUAAGACAUAAAUUUCAUGCAUUCAGAUCUCCAUUGUUGGAGUUAUAGAAAAUCCAAAUUCUUUCUUCUCGAAAAUUGUGAUAUUUUUGGCAGAACCUGAAGGCAGCGUUAGUGUGGCUCUGACGGAUGUUUGAUCGUAGCUCUCACAUGUUUAUUUGUACGGCUCAGAUUCCAACACUGCCAGAGCAGGUUUUGAACACAGAGAGGCAACGCUGUCUUUGUUUCAGUAAACAGGAAGUUUGGACACAAAAUAAUUUAGAUUCCAGCAUUUAACUCUCACACAGGAAGUAUUGUAAUCCUCCAGCGUCGUCUUGAUUUUUUCCUGGUUGAUUUGCAACAGGCAACUUCGAGGACAGCUAUAACCGUUUGCCACUAACAUUCAGAGCUGAGGUCCUGAUUAGUGUGUUAGCGAGAGGCCGUGUGAGUGUGUGUGUGUGCUGGGGAAGAGGAUGACUCCUCCAGAAGCCAUGCUACCUUGUGUUGGACAGAGGGAGUCCAGAGGUCGGAGAGCCAUUGAGUCUCACCUCCGGCCUCCUGCCAAAUGAAUUAUGGGAUGUACAAGCUGCUGUAGGCCAGUAGUCAGAGUAGAGAAAUAUUUUUGCCCUGGCCGGGGCGGGGUGCCACCACCCUGCGGAGCCUCCACCCCCUCAAAGAGGCCGGGGGACGAUGACAGUCACACCGACGGUAAACUGGAGGUUGAUAUCGACUGCAGUCUGUCAGUGGAAGGCAGUGAUAUGGAGUGAAAAUGAUGCUGUGUGCGUGCGUGCGUGCGUGCGUGUGUGUGUGUGUGUGUGUGCAUGUGUGAGAGGGAUAAAGAGAGUCCAUGGGAUGUUGCGGUAUGUGUGUGUGCGGUGGUAAAGGAGGAUGGCGGUUCAUGUAAAAAAGAUGUUAUUUGCACAGCAUUCAGAGAAUGCAGCCCGUUUGUGUUUGUCAGUUUAAUUUCUAAAAUAAAGCACUGCUUAUAUACAAAUAUAAAUAUAUAAAUAUAUAUAGAUAUAUAUAUAGAUAUUACACCCGAAGGAAUGAAUGUCACAAAUGUUUAAAUUAUUUCAAAUGACAUGUUUGGCCCCUUUUGUUUGUUUCAUUAUAUCUGUGACACUCUGAGAAUGUUUUUCUUUUUUCUUUUUUUUUUAAUAUUACUAUUAUUAUUGCUAUUACUAUCAUUACCAUUGUUUUGUAUGAUAAUAAUAAUGACGACAAUAAUCCUUUUUGUAUUUACUCACUAAACCCCUGUACAAACAGCUGUAGUAGUUAGUCUGGCACUGUGUUGGCUAAUCAGACCUGAACCUGCUUCGUUCUUUUCUUUGCGUUUGGUUUGGAUUUGUUUUCUGUGUAAGAUAUAAGCUAAUAGAGAUGCAGUACUGUAGUGAGCUUGCAUGGCAGCACAGCAUAAUAGUAUGAAUAACAUAUGAUGUAUUGUUUCUUUCUAUUAUUUGUGCCAUGAAGAAGAAGCAAUAAUAAUAAUAAAAAAAAAAAAAAUAUUGCGUGAGGUCCUGCAGUAUCCAGUAUCGGGAAUCGUGGUGAUGUUGGGAUGGAUCCGACCGUGUGUGUGUGUGUGUGUUUCAAUGUGUGUGUAUUUCAGUUAUUGUUUUAUCUCUGUUUUUUGGUUUUUGGUAUUGUUUUCUACCCUGCAGACUGACACACACACAUGCACACACACUGAUAUUCAGCUGACCCUCGGGGUUUCAGCAUCUUGCUUACUGACACUUUGUCCAGCAGUGACACACACACACACACACACACACACACACACACACAUACUGGGAGAAACCGGUUGGACACCAGAAUCGAGUGUGUUUUUACCACUGUUGUCAGCAUAAUGGGUUUGGAUUUGUUUCUGGCCGCACCGCUGAAAACCAAAAUAUGAAGAAGCCUGCAGUUUGAGACGAGAGCUCGUUGUGAACAGGGAUCGCUAAGCCAAUGACAGUCGUGUCAUAUCUGAAAACAUUCCAGUUUCUAUCAUCAUAACUUCUCAAAAAGUGGAAAAAAAAAUCCAUCGUCAGUCUCUUAUUAAGGGCUUUCUUUUAAGUUUUUUUUUUGUGUUUGAGUGCAACAAGGUGAAUAGUUAGUAGUUCAAGGUGAAUGUUUGUCACCUUUUUCUCUUUUUUUUUUUUUUCCUUACACAGAUGUUUACUUUCAAACUAGCAGAACACUAGACUUUCUCUUUACAUUGUGCCUGCAACAGACUGGUAAAAUUCACGUGUGCUUCACAUGUUGUACAACCUGUAGAUGUCCCCUGUCCCCCCCCCCCCGUCUGUGUACCGUGUGCUCCAUCACACACUUUAACCAAGCCGACAUGCAUGGUCGUGUUCACAGACCUGCAGCCGGGGAGUUUACAGCAGAAAGCACCGUCAAAGAUGUUCCACAGCUCGCUCCUCUUCAUAGAAAUGCACUGAAACAGCAAUGAGAAAGAUUAAAUAUCUAGUCCCUGUGGCGGGGGAUUCAUGUUCAAAUAAUGUCAGCUGUUUUAUAAAUCAGUAGGCCGUAAGAUCCUGGUGUCAAAACACAUGUUUGGAAAUUUAAGAAAAAUAAGAUUUCUCUGUUGCCACUUUGUUUUUCAGACACUCCAGACCUGAUCCCACAUUCAGUCUUCUGUUCAAAUUGCAAACAGUGACAGAAACUGUGAUUUACCUCAAAAUGCCACAGUAGAUCAGUUUUUAAAAAGAAAAAAAAAAAAAAAGCCUUUCCUGACAUCUUUGACGUUGAAUUUUCC